AUGAGCUUUGGCUUCAGUAUCGGGGAUUUCCUCGGUAUCAUCAAGGAUAUCCAUCAUAUUCGAAGGGUUUUCAAUGGUGCGCCCGCUCAGUUCAAAUUUCUCAACGAUGAAGUGAGGAGGCUCUCCAUCAUCAUACAGGACGUUGAAACGUACAUACCAAACGCAGCACAGAAAGACAAGCUCGAACAAAUCGCAAAUGAGUGCAAAGAAUUAAUCCAAGACAUCUGGACGGUGAUUGGCAAGUACAGAGAAAUAGGCCAGAGUUCCAGCAUCAAACAUGCCUGGAAACGCCUAAAAUUGGACCCAGAAGACGUUCGAGAGCUUCGGGAUCGAGUCUGCAGUCUCGUUGAGUCCCUCACUGCUAUCAAUGUGCGCAUCACUCAGGAUCAAGUCCAGGAGCUUGUCAACUAUAAGAAUGAGGAACAGCAUCAGAAAUACCUCGACUGGCUGUCAUCAGAGAGCUUCACGGCUGAUCGUGGCAAGCCAAUUUACCAGACAGGGACUGGGAGGUGGUUCAUUGAGUCGCCCGAAUUUCAGACUUGGAUCCAGAAUCCGGGGCAAACGUUGUUCUGUCCUGGAAUACCUGGAGCAGGUAAGACCAACAUGGCAUCUAUUGUUAUAGAUGAAUUGGAUCGCCGCCAUGGAAGCGAUCCUAGUGUUGGAAUUGCCUACGUUUUCUGCACCUUUCGCUAUUGUGAUCAUCAUCGUCAGUCCCCCGACAAUAUACUAGCAAGCAUGAUUCGACAGUUGAUAUGGAGACUUCCACUACUUCCAUCAACGGUUCAAAUGUUAUAUGAAAAGCACAGAAAAAAUGGCUCCAGGCCUUCAUUCAAUGACCUUUCCAAAGUUUUCAAAGAUGUCGUGCAAACCGCUUCAAAACAAGUGUUUAUCGUGAUUGAUGCACUCGAUGAAUGCGAUCCUGCCAGAAUAUCUCGCGUUCUGAGUCAUAUUUCUGAGACCCAGGCAUUUGGGAACUUGAACUUGCUGUCAACUUCAAGGUCUGUCCCCGCGAUCGAAGCGAAAUUCCAAGGACAUCCAUUUUUAGAGAUACGUGCAACAAAAGUGGAUGUCAUGGCCUAUCUCAAAGCUCGGUUGGAAGAUUGCGAGGACUGUGCCUUGGUUAGAAGACCGGCUCUGCAAGAGAAGGCUUUGCUUGUCAUCUCAGACUCUGUCAAGGGAAUGUUUCUACUGGCGCAACUCUACCUGGAUUCAUUGAUUUCGGCCCCUAGAGCCAAAGAGAUAAUUUUUGAACUAGAGAGGUUGAUGACUAGAUCAAAUCAGACCGACCAAGGGAAAAUGGCUUUUGACAAUGCUUACCAAGACAUAGUGGAACGCAUCAACAAUCAGGAGCCCCGGCGCCAAAGAUUGGCCAAAGACACAUUAUCAUGGGUCAUCUGCGCCAGACGGCCACUUACUACCUUGGAGCUACGUACUGCUCUAACGAUAGAGCUGGGACAAAUGGAAAUGAACGAUGAAGAUCUGUAUGAUCUUGAAGACAUAAUCUCCUCGUGUGCAGGACUCAUCACCGUUGGGUCCGACGGAAGAAAGCAGGUGGUUCAAUUGGCCCAUUAUACGAUGCAAGAAUACUUCACAAGACAUCAAGAAUUGUUCCUCCCGGAAGCAGAUCAGACCAUCGCAACAGCCUGCCUUACCUACCUUUCAUACCACUCGUUUCGUCAAGGAAUGUGUCUGAAUGACACGGCAUUCGAAGCCCGUUUGAGUCAAUAUCCGCUUUACUCUUACGCCGCCCAACAUUGGGGCCACCAUGCCCGAGUGCAUUCGACCAUCGAUGAUCUCUUAUUGUGUUUUUUGAAUACAAAUAAAGUGGUGGAUGCGAGUGUUCAAGCUCUUUUCGCCUUGAAAGAUGACCACGGUUUUGGAGACUAUUGCUUGAUGAUUCCAUUCGGAUUUACCACAUUCUAUCUAGUUGCGUGGUUCGGAUUGGAGAAAGUAAUGCAGUUUCUUAUCGACAGGCGUGGGAUUUUGUGCAUCAGAGACUCUCUGAAACGAGAACCACUCACAUGGGCCGCUCUGAAUGGUCAUGUUUCCGUUGUUAAAAUGCUACUUGACCAUGGAGCUGCGCUACUUCAGCAUGACGAAGAUGGUCACACGCCAAUUUCUCUAGCAGCGUUGAACGGCCAUACUGAGGUCGUGGAACUUCUCUUGGAUUAUCAUGUCGACCCAAACCCCACGGAUAUUGGGAUCAAGAUUCCUUUGACAGAGGCAUCUUAUCGAGGACACCACGAGACUGUCAAACUUCUUCUGAAUAGAGGCGCACAUCCGGAACCAAAAAGCAAUUACGGCAGAACCCCUUUCCAGUGGGCUUGUUACAAUGGCACAAUUGAGAUAGUUCGGAUCUUACUCGAUCACUCCGCUGAUAUAGCGAGAGCUUCUGGUGUGCCCAGCGAUCAUUGCAUUGAUAUUAACCGGAAAAAUGAUCUAGGAAAUUCCGCUGUUUCCUAUGCGCUAGAUCAUGGCAAUCAUGAUAUCAUUCAACUUUUGAGCCAGAAAGGCAUGUUUCCACAACAAGAUUCUCAUAUUGACGGCUUAUUCUCCAGCGGGAGCCCUGAUUCUAUAGGAGGCAAAGACACUGCCACUCUACCACAGAUCGGACCCGCAAUUGGCUGGCCAUUCAUUGAAACACAGAGCGUCUCUACCAGCCAGCGCAAGAUUUCAUUGCAGAAUAAGGACGUGGCAGUGUCCAUACCCGGCUUGCAACAAAUCGACCAGUAG